AGCGAGGAAACCAUGUUGGGCAUUUUCAGCACAAAGAAAACACCGGGAGACCAGGCGAUGCGAACUGCUACAAAGGAAGAAAGGGGCUACAGCGGCUCCGGUUUCGAUCCAACGGGGCUAGAACGAGCAGCGAAGGCGGCGCGCGAAAUCGAUGCUUCCACAAAUGCUGCUCUGGCCUUCGACGUCAUCCUGCAGCAUGAAACGACGAAGCAGCUAGAACACGAGACGCGCCAGGCAGCCUACGAAAUGCAGUCGCGUAAAUACGAAAUAGAACGCAUCAAGGAUGAAGGUGACGAGGCCCGUCAAACUCUUGCUGCGCAAACAGAGCAUGCAAACCGCCAAGCAAAGCAUGCAGACGAUUUAGAGCGACAGCGCUGUGCAGCGCAACUAGGUGCUCAGCGCGAGGCGCGGGAGGCAGAGUUACGACGGUUAGAAGAGUCUGUUCGUCGCCAGGAAGAGCUCCGUCGCAAAACGCUGCAUUUUGAGGCAGAGCUGCGCGCCAAGACAGAGCUGAAGCGCGCUGAAGCAGAAGCUCAGGCCAGGGCACAAUCUGAACGCGAUAAUCAUGAUCUAUCGUUGGAAAGGAUGCGCGCCGAAAUGCGGGAGCGGCGCGAGACACUGCUACAGUCGAUAUCUGCUGGUUUUUCUUCUUUGGGAAAUGGUGCUAAAGUAUUCUUGGGUGACCGCCAGCAGAUGACCAAUGCUGUUGCGAUGACAUCUUGUCUGGCGCUUGGUGUAUAUGGUGCGCGCAUUCUCGCCACAGUUUCCGGGAACUAUUUAGCUACACAGCUUGGGAAACCAAGCCUUGUACGUGAAACAUCCCGCAGGUCGCCCCUGACGUUUCGUCCACUGGCGCACAUAUUGCAGAUAACGCAGCCUUCCGUUCGAACUGAUGCUCUUGAUCGAGUGAUUCUUGAGUCGUGUCUCGAAAAGCGCCUGCGGCAAAUUUCUACAUCAACGAAACACACGAAGACCAACAGUGCGCCUUUUCGUCAUGUCCUCCUCCAUGGACCUCCUGGUACGGGCAAGACCAUGUUCGCCAAGCAGCUCGCAGCGCAUUCUGGUUUGGAUUACGCAAUUCUCACAGGUGGCGAUGUUGCGCCACUUGGACGUGAUGCCGUUGCUGAGAUCCACAAGUUGUUUGACUGGGCUAAGAAUUCCCGGAAGGGUUUGCUUUUAUUUAUCGACGAGGCUGAUGCAUUCCUGCGCAAACGCACAACCGAGACCAUUUCCGAGGAUUUACGCAACGCUUUCAAUGCCUUUCUAUAUCGCACGGGGGAGCCCUCGAGCGACUUCAUGCUUGUUUACGCCUCGAAUGCUCCUCAAGAAUUUGACUGGGCCAUCAACGAUCGCAUCGAUGAAAUAGUAGAAUUCACACUGCCAACUGACCAGGAAAGGGAACGCAUGCUUGCGCAGUACGUCGACGAAUAUUUUGGCCAAGGACAAGGACGUAGCACUGGCUCGUCGCAUGUUGUAAUGAAUGGUGUGGGUGAUACGCAUCUUAAAUCUGCAGUUGCGGCAACCAAGGGAUUCUCAGGACGUGAGAUUCAGAAAUUAGUGAUUGCGUGGCAGGCAGCUGCUUUCUGUUGCAAAGAUGCCGUGUUCACGCCUUCUACAAUGCAGGAUGUACUAAAUACCCAUGUGACCCAGCGAAAUGUUAAGGCAAAUUGGAACGCCCAAGACGAUUAGUCCGUUAAAGAAACUAAAACCGGGGUGAUUGCGCAUUCAUCAUGCGAGGGUUGCGAUGUCAAGACGGAGGACAGCGGGAUGCUCAUCUUGAAAGCUCACAUCAUCUCUUCGUACUACUCCUCUCCCUCGGGGUGUGCCCUGGGUGUUUGCGGGCGGUUGACACAACGGGAGCAUUCGUGCAGUCAGUGAAGGCGGGCAGUGAUGAAAUCGACAUCUGAAGUUAGGUUCCUGGGGUGAGCGGCGCUCAGCUAGAUUAGAAGAGUCGUCGAUCACCGCAGCCACCCAAGGGCACACCCCCCUCGCUUCUCGCUCUCUAGCUUUAGUUAGAGAGCUUUCUCUAGUUAGAGGAAUAUGAGAGUAUCCCUAGUUAGCCCCCCCCCUCCCCCCUUGUACUUUUUCUCCACCGUG